AUGUCCAGCCCAUGGACACCAGCAGCUACGAAACUGUUGAUUGCACUCAGAUCAACGUAUAAUGAGCAAUUUCAAAAUACAAGAAAAAAAGGGGAAAAAUGGUUAGAACUGUGGUUACUAAUUUCUAAUGAAAUGAAGGGAAAAAAUCACAACUUCAGUGAAAGGCAGUGUGAUGAAAAGUGGCGACGUUUAUUAACACGUUUUCGUCAAGUAAGAGAUGCGUCCAAGGUAUCGGGAAGUGGUAAUAUCAAAUGGCAGUAUUACGAUUCUAUGGAAAAUUCCAUAUCUCCAACAGUGAGACAAACAGUUUCUCCACCCAGAGAUCUAUUGCAUGAAUCAUCUGCAAGGCCACUGCUCGAACCUUCAAUAAGUUUAAUUCCUGAAUCAUUGGAAUUUUCAAUUCACGAACCUUCUCAAAGCGUAAUGGAAGAACCUCCAACGUCUGGGUUGAUACAAAAAUCAUUAUUAAAUAAAACUAGCAAUAAAACACCUUCUUGGAUUACAAAAUUUGAGGAAUUAAAAAACGAACAGUUGAAAUCAGCAAAAGAAAAUGCAAUGCAACUCAACGAUCGGUUAGUAAUAACUAAUAAGUAUUAGAUUAUUAGACCCAUUUUGAUUAUUUCUAAUUAUUCAUUUAUACAUAAUUAAUAGUCUCGACAAGUUGGAAAAAAGGGAAGAAGCUAUGCUAAAAACACAAGAAGAACUUGUUAAAAAAUUAGAAGAUGCGAAUAAUAUCGAACUACAGAAACUUGAUGUAUUUAAA